AUGUCCGGCGACAAGCGACCGGCGUCUGCCACGUUCGGCAGUUCACAGCUGGUUAAGAGACAGAGAAACGAUGGAGACGCCAAUGCCGGCGCUCUACAGAAGGCCAAUGGCAGCGCACUCGUGCAAGGAGGCACUGCUGCAAAUCUGCCAGCCUCUGUCAUGGAAUUGAGUGGGCACACUGGAGAGGUCUUCUGUGCGCGCUUCGAUCCCUCCGGCGCCCACAUCGCAUCCGGUAGCAUGGACAAGAACAUUCUUCUCUGGAACACAACCGGCGAAGUCGACAACUACGUCAUCCUCACUGGCCACAAGAGUGCUGUCCUAGAUCUCCACUGGUCACGAGACAGCCAGGUGGUAUACUCGGCCAGCGCAGACAAGACAGUCGCGAGCUUCAAUGUAGAAACAGGCGAGAGGAUACGGAAGCACGUAGGCCACGACGAGAUCAUCAACUGUCUGGAUGUGAGCAAAAGAGGCGAGGAGUUCCUGGUCAGCGGAAGCGACGACGGAUAUGUCUGUGUGUGGGACCCGCGAGCAAAAGCAGCCAUCGAUGAUAUCCAGACAUCCUUUCCGGUUACGGCCAUCGCUCUAGCAGAAGCAGGCAACGAGCUCUUCACAGGCAGCAUCGACAACGAGAUCAAAGUCUGGGACCUGCGGAUGAAGAAGGUGCAGUACACGCUCGCCGGCCAUACUGACACUAUCACAUCUCUGGCUGUAUCACCCGACACACAAUCACUUCUGUCAAACUCGCACGACUCGACAGUCCGAGUCUGGGACAUCAGACCAUUCGCGCCUGCGGAACGCGCAGUUAAGACCUACGAUGGAGCACAUGCCGGUCUGGAGAAGAAUCUUUUCCGAGCAUGCUGGGGGCCGGGUGGCAAGCUGAUAGCUGCCGGCGGCGGUGAUGGCACUGCAACUGUCUGGGACUCAAAGUCGGCGAAGCUCAUCUCGAAACUCCCCGGACACAAGGGUGCCGUGAACGACGUGCGAAUAUCGCCUGACGGCUCAAUGGUACUCUCGGCAAGCACAGAUCGCAACAUGCUGCUAGGCCAUAUACCGCGGUAG